UGAUAACAAUAUUUAGGAGACCAAAUUCAAAACAAACUAAAAUAAUCAAAGGUGGAGAUAAUAUUUAUCAUCGAGUUCACCGUUGCCAACUGCAACCAUUCAGUAUUAUCAUUGUUUUCUUCUAUUCCAAUUUUUUCCAAUUUUGAUAUUUUAAUUGGAAAUUUCAUUCCAUGAAUUCUAUAUGAAAAAAUGCAAUCUACAACUACCGAAGAACAAUCAUUAAAAGAUGAUCAUGAAACAACUCAACAACAAUCGAGUAAAAAUGAAAAGCAAAGGUUCCUACAAAGAAACUCAUCAACAUCUUCAUCUACUUUGACUUCACCAAAAAUUCCCAUCGAUUCUCAAUCAUCCACAUCAUAUCGUUAUACUUUAUUUCCAUCAACCAUUCCUGGCAUAUUACAUGCACAAAACUCAGGCGCUUUGGAUUGGUCAUCGAAUGGUUUAAUAGCAUAUGGUUGUCAAAACCUUGUGGUUAUUAUCGAUUCACGGCCAACAUUAUCAUUUCGUCAAACUUUACAUCGGCACAAACAUAUUGUUUGCUUGGUUAAAUGGUCACCAUUGACAAAUCAUCUUUGUCUAUGUUCAAUCGAUACAAUCGGUAUGAUUGUCGUAUGGGAUGUGAUUGAAUCUACACCUUUAACAGUCAUUUUAUCAACUACUGAAAAUCGUUCCAUUAGUUUUAUUCAUUGGAUUCAUUUGGAUAGCAAACUAUCAAACCCGAGUAGCGGGAAAAUUAAUUGUUGGGAUUUAGUUGAUUUUGAAAAUCCUAUACCCAAAAAUAAUGGUAAUAUUUGUCGCGAUGAAAAAUCUAAGAAUGAGGAUAAUCUCCAAAGCAAUGAUAAUAUCACUACCUGUUUGGCCACAAAUCUUUACAUCUUAGCAUUCUAUCCUCAUAACAAUACGAUCAUUGUUUAUGAUGCUGACCUAGGUGAACCAAUAUGUCGAUGGCAAAUACAAUGUCUGAUAUCGCAAAUACAUUUCAAUCCAUUUUUCCAUUAUAAUCGUUGUUGUAAUACAAAUAUGUCAAAUUUAUUGUUCGAAUUUCGUUCAACACAUUCGGAUCGUAUCUAUCUUGGUCAGGCUCGAUUGGAUGAACAUCAUUUUAAAGAAAAUGAUAAAACAUCAAAAGAACCCAGAAAAAUUAAUCUGCCUAUUAUGAUGUAUGUAUUGAAAAAGAUAAAUAACAAAUCCGGUUAUUUUGAUUUAAUACAACGGCUAGAUAAAAGUAAAGUCACCAAUGAUCUGAUCACUAUCAAUGACUAUACACAAUCAUCAACCGGUAUUCGUAAUAAUUCGACAAUCGUAAAUACACCACCUAUAAGUAAUAAUGAUCAUCAAUUAAUACAGAUCGAAUUCCAUAAAGCAAUGAGAAAUCAAAUUUUUCUCGUAUUUUCACGUGAUAUUUAUUUAAUUGAUUUGUCAAUGGAAAUAAUAAUCACAACCAUACCAAUCGAAAGAAAUUUUUCCCGUUUAAUUAAAAUUUUUUCUUGUGGUCUUCGAAAUUCAUUUUUUGCGUUGCAUGAAAAUGGCAACGUAUCAUUCCGCCUGUAUCAGAAAAAAAUUAUUCGCGAUAAUAUUUCCAAUCAAGUUGAUCAAUCACAUCGAUCGGAUGAAUUAUGUAAUCAGGAAAAUUUCUUAAACAUCGGCUAUGUGAAUCUUUGUCAUUCCGAACCUAUAAGGUUGACCAAACAAAACAAAAUUUUUGGUUAUUCUUUAUCACCAUUUGAUGAGACUAAAGUAGCAUUCCUAUUAAGUACCGGUCGAAUCAUUUUUAAAUCAUUAAUUUGUCGGAAAUCUUCAAUCAUCAAAAAUUUAUCAUUACCAUCGUUAAAUGAUUUGAUCAAACCUCAAGAAUAUAAACUUGGUGCUUUUCUUAAUAACAAUGAUGAUAUUAAUGAUGAAGAUGAUAUUGGCAAUGAAAGUCAACAGCUACGUUCUGUUUCCGAUCCCAUUCUUUAUAAAAUUAUUGUGACAAAUUAUAUAAGUGGCUUAAAUUCAAUGCCAACCGUCAUAAGAAUGGCACCACCAUUAACUUUACAGAAUCUAAAUGAACAUAGACCAUUUUUAGCUGUUGGUGAUAGCUUAGGAAUUUUACAGAUUUGGUUAUUGGAUAAUAAUACGGCAACAUUACAUCGUGAAUUUUGUGCACAUUCAUACGCUAUUGCUGGUGUUGAAUGGGCAAAUCUUACAUCUUUGAUUACAUUUUCGUAUCCAACGAUAACAUCACCGGUGCAUUCAUACACUAGACAUCCAUUAAGUGCCUUACACAAUUUGACAACUGGUUCGGGAAGUAGUUCCGGAAAAGUAACAAAUGAAUUGAUUCAUAUCGAUAUCGAGACUGGAAAGUUGACUUCAUUUCGUACUAAUCAUAUGACUGAUUCAUCCCCAAUCGAAACAAUACGUGUAUCACAUUUGGAACAAUAUCUUAUUAUUCUAUUCAAACGUGAUGAUCCAUUCGAAAUAUGGGAUGUACGAACAUUAACUAUAUUGCGUACUAUGUCCAAAUCAAUCGGCCUUGUGACUGCCGUGGAAUGGAGUCCAUUUUAUAAUCGUAAACAAAUGGUCAAAAACAAUACUCUUGCUACUGACAUGAGUAGUGAUUCUGAUACUGGAUCAAUAAAAUCAUCAUCAUCGUUGAUUCAUACAUCGCCGAUUAAAGAGAAUUUUAUUGCCAUGUCACGUGAAUUAUAUCAUUUCUCCAUCGAAGGUAAUAUUGUACGAGAAUUAGCUAGGAUACCAUCCGAUGUUGAAAACGGAAAUAUUACCGUUACCAGUAUAGCAUGGAAAAGAGAUCAAAUAUUGUUUGGUGAUGCAUCCGGUACGCUUAAUCUUUGGGAUCUGAAACGGAACAAUUCACGAACCGAGGCUACAUAUCGUAGUUGUAUUAAAAAAGUUCGUUUUGGUCCUGGUCGUGAUAAUAUGAAAUGUCUAAUACUGUAUGCUGAUUUUGGUGUCGAUAUCUGGGAUAUUGAAGAAUUUCGUCUAUGUUCUCAGUUAAAAUUUCCCAGAGAUAUUAAUUUUAAAAUCAUUGAUCUUGAUUGGGUUAGUUGUGAUCUACCUAUAUUUGCUACAGCCGAAGGAUUUAUUGUCAUAACUGAUCAAAAAUUAAAAACCUAUUCAUCUUCGCUGAGUAUUUCCCGUUUAUCUAAUUAUCCGUCAGAUUUAUCAAAACUUCGUUUGGAAGAAUUAAAUAUAAAUUUUUUAACUUUUGAUCAGCGAAAAAAAUUGAUACGAAAAUAUUUAUUUGAAAUUCCAUUUAAAAAACGGCCUAUGUCAACGGAUGAUAGAGAUGAUAAUAAUGAUGAUCACGAGCAAUAUCGACAAAAUAACAAUGAAUCUCAAAUGAUUGUCGACAUUCGUCGAUAUAUUGAUAAUCAAAUUUUGUUGGCAAAAUUAUUUUCCAAUCAAAAUGAUUAUGAUUUCUGGCUAUUACUUAGCGCCAUAUUACUCGAUGAAGAACUUGAUUCUCGUAUGGAUCUAUUUCUUGAUAAUCAAAAUUUUCGACAAUUAUUACAAGAAAAGCUUUUACUAUUGGAAAAUAAUCGACGGACUUAUUUCCAUUCGAAUCAAGUGUACCGAAUGAAUUUGAAUCUGAAAAAUUUUCAACGUGCUGUACAGGUUUUAUUAGAAAGUGAACAUUUGUUCAAUCAAUCAAAUCGAAUUGAUGAUUCGAUGGAUAAACAAUCCUUCUAUGUGGAUUCAUUAAAAGCUUGUUUGAUUGCUGCUUUACAACAAACUUCGAAUAAUAAUUCUAAAUGUAAUCAAAUAAAAGAAAAUAAAUUUUCAAUGAUAGGUGGUGAUGAUUAUUCUAUUGAGAAUUGUUCAUUAACCGAAAAUGAUGAUAGUAGUAAUCAACAAACUCAUGAGGAUAAUAGCAUUGAAAAUGAUGAUUCUAAUCAAUCUAUGAUACUGAAUGAGACCAAAGUUGCACCGGUUGUUAAAUUAGUAUCCACUAGUCUUAUUGCUAAUGGUCAUAUAACUGAAGGCAUUGAAUUAUUGACAAUCAUAUCGAAAACAUCCGAUGCAUGUCGUUAUCUACAAAGUUCGGAUCAAUGGUUCGAUUCUAUUUGGUUGGCAAAGUCAAGCCUAGAUGGCAAUGAAUGCACGGAAAUUAUGCGCCGUUGGUGUGAUUAUUUGAUCUCAUCGAAACGAUAUUAUGAUCAACAAACAGCAUUAAAAAUCUAUCUAUCACGUCGUCAAUUUAGUCGUGUAUUGCGAGCAUUAAAUCAAUUUGGUGAUUGCAAAUCAUUUCCAUUAGCUAUCAUCUGUAUUGGCGCACAAUUGAUUGAUUUUGAUGCAAAUAUGGAUUGUAUGGAGAAAAUAUUUCGAAAUUUUGUCAAUUAUUUUUAUGAUGAAUCAAUGUUUGAAAAGAUGAAAAAUUCAAAUUGUUUGAACAUUGAUGAUGAUGAUAUGAAAACAUGUUGGACAUUAUUUUUUCCGGAAAAA